AUGCAAUUCUCAAUCAACCAGAUGCUUGCCCUCGCGGCCAUCACCGUUUCUAUGGUGUCUGCUGUCCCAGUCACUUCCGUCGUCGAGAACCCGGCUCUUGAACGUAGGUCCAUGACUGGCAGAGGCACAUAUUACAACCAGUUCGGUGGUUUCGGGUCCUGUGGACAGCAAUUACCUGACUCUGCCUUUAUCGUCGCCCUCAGCAGAGCCUACAGGGACGUUGGCCAGCUUAACUGCGGCAAGCGCAUCUGGGCUAGGGCUCUUGACGGCCCUGGUAGGGGAAACAGGAUUGAGGCCACUGUGCGCGACACCUGUCCUUCUUGCGCGAGGGAUGCCGUCGAUUUCUCCGUUGGUGCCUUCGAUGCUCUUACCAACAACCAGAAAGACGUCGGCGUCAUCCGUAUGGAGUGGGACUUCAUUAAUUAA